AUGGUGAGAUCUUCAGAUCUUGAGUGCAGAUCCGAAAAGGAAAGCAACAACAGCGACAGCGCAUCCGGUGACGAAAGACGGAGAGAUUUCUCCGGCGGAAGAAGCAGGAGCAGGCGCCGGAGCCUCAGCGGCAAGAGAACCGCUGAUGAGAGUGAAAAUCGUAGUGACUACUGCAAGCAGAGCAAUCUUGGAAGCUGCAACCAGUUUAACCAAAGUAAUGGAUUAGGGCUGAGAGAUUUGAACAGCCUGUUGCAUGUGCGAGGGAUGCUUUCCAUUGUAGGGUUGGAAAAUGUUAAGGAUGCGCGGGAUGCAGAGGAAGCGAAUUUAAAUCAUAAGCAGAAUCUUGAUGAAUUAGAAUUGAAAUGGGGUAGAGACGUUGAACAUUCUCAAAAUGAAGGGCUACAAAUUGAUGUACUUGACAUGCUACAACCUCAUAGAAAAUUGAUUGGUCAGUUACCCCUGCUCAAAGAACUGCACAUAGAAGGCAUGGAUGCAACAAAAAGCGUGGGUACUGAAUCCUAUGGCGAUGGUAAUGCCUUGAAGAUUCCAUUUCCGUCACUCGAGAUUCUAAGGUUGGAGGAGAUGCCAGAAUGGGAGGAAUGGUCUAUUGAUACUGGUGCUGAGGUUGUAGGGAACCAUUUCCCUUGCCUUCGGGAGCUUACUAUGCGCAACUGUCCUAAAUUGGCAAGUGUUUCACUCUUAAGGCUCCCCUCUCUUAGGAAACUAGAGAUCGAAAAUUGUAGGGAGGUGGUACUAGAAAGUUUUUCUGAAUUAACCACACUAACUAGCUUGAAAAUUCAGAAGAUUUUGGGACUAACUCAUCGACAUAAAGAGUUUUUGCAGUUCUUGGUAUCACUCCAAGUUCUUGAAAUUGGUUCUUGUGCAACACUGGUGUCUUUGUGGGAGAAUGGGAUUACACCACGAGACCUUUUCCGUCUCCAACGCCUGUAUAUCUGGGGGUGUCCCCAACUUGUGUACUUGACAUUAUCAUUACGAGAUUGUCUUGCUCUUUGUAAGUUGCCAUCUAACAUUGGAAAUUUGGUUAACCUUGGCCAUCUUGACAAUGCUAAUACUGGACAACUGCAAGAGAUGCCCACUGGGAUUGGCAAAUUGACAAAUUUGCAAACAUUGCCAAAGAUUUUUGUGGGCAGAAGUAAUGGAUUAGGGCUGAGAGAUUUGAACAGCCUGUUGCAUGUGCGAGGGAUGCUUUCCAUUGUAGGGUUGGAAAAUGUUAAGGAUGCGCGGGAUGCAGAGGAAGCGAAUUUAAAUCAUAAGCAGAAUCUUGAUGAAUUAGAAUUGAAAUGGGGUAGAGACGUUGAACAUUCUCAAAAUGAAGGGCUACAAAUUGAUGUACUUGACAUGCUACAACCUCAUAGAAAAUUGAUUGGUCAGUUACCCCUGCUCAAAGAACUGCACAUAGAAGGCAUGGAUGCAACAAAAAGCGUGGGUACUGAAUUCUAUGGCGAUGGUAAUGCCUUGAAGAUUCCAUUUCCGUCACUCGAGAUUCUAAGGUUGGAGGAGAUGCCAGAAUGGGAGGAAUGGUCUAUUGAUACUGGUGCUGAGGUUGUAGGGAACCAUUUCCCUUGCCUUCGGGAGCUUACUAUGCGCAACUGUCCUAAAUUGGCAAGUGUUUCACUCUUAAGGCUCCCCUCUCUUAGGAAACUAGAGAUCGAAAAUUGUAGGGAGGUGGUACUAGAAAGUUUUUCUGAAUUAACCACACUAACUAGCUUGAAAAUUCAGAAGAUUUUGGGACUAACUCAUCGACAUAAAGAGUUUUUGCAGUUCUUGGUAUCACUCCAAGUUCUUGAAAUUGGUUCUUGUGCAACACUGGUGUCUUUGUGGGAGAAUGGGAUUACACCACGAGACCUUUUCCGUCUCCAACGCCUGUAUAUCUGGGGGUGUCCCCAACUUGUGUACUUGGUAGAAGAUGAUCAAAUGCUACCUUGUAAUCUUGAAUGUUUGGAAGUAUACACCUGUGAUCGACUGGAGAGGUUGCCUAAUGGCCUGAAAGACAAUAAAUCUCUUAAAGAGUUGAGAAUCAGACAUUGCCCGAAACUUGAGUCAUUUCCAGAUGCCAAUCUCCCUCCUAUGCUUCGAAGUCUUGAGAUAGGAGAAUGCAGUGCUCUAGUGUCUGUACCUAAUUGUAUCUCUCACCUUGAAGAGUUGGAGCUCUAUGACUGCGUGUCUCUAGCAUCCAUGCCGACGGACACUCUUCCAUCCACCCUUAGAAUACUUAGAAUUUCUAACUGCGGGAACUUAGAGUCAGUUACAGAUACGAUUGAACAGAACAAAGGCCAUUGGCCGAAUUUGGAGAGUUUAUCUGUAUCCACGCUCAAUUUUGAAUGUUAUUUGGCGUAUCAAAUUGGACAGUCAUUCCCAAGAAGCGGUUUUCUCACUCCUAACCUACGAAGACUUUCUAUCCGCAAGUGCGCAAAUCUCUUUUCCGUUGCAAACCAGAUUGAAAGCCUUACAUCCCUUGAAGAGUUGAGAAUAUCUGAUUGUCAAAGUCUCGAGUCCUUUCCUAAUGGGAAUUUGCCUCCCAACCUGAAAACAGUUUAUAUCAGCAACUGUGAAAACCUUAAGCCUCUAUCAGAGUGGGGCCUGCACAGACUCUAUUCUCUUAAACGCUUCGAGAUGACUGGCGUAUAUCCAGAGCUACUUUCCUUCCCAGGGAAGUGUGUGUUUCCUGCUGCUCUUACAUUCCUUCGGAUUGGAAAAAUCACAAAUCUUAAUUCUCUCUCUAUGGGGCUUCAAAACCUUACAUCUCUCAAGCAUCUGGAAAUCUACAAUUGCCCCAAUCUUCGUUCCUUGCCUAACGAGAGGACACUUGCUACACUUUCAAGUCUGACCAUUAGGGACUGUCCGCUUAUUAAACAAUGGCGUUGA